AUGGUCAGCAUAAUCAUCAAAUCCCUAGCCUCAUGUCUCCUGCUGGCGAGACUGGCACAUCGUCUACUCUGCCAUGCGCCAAUGUACCAACCAGUUCAUGGUGCUGGUAAAAUUGAAUCCACUCCAAACAGCCGCGGGGCUUCCGUCGUCAGCGAGAAUAUCGGCGUGCUCGGUGUCAAGUAUAUGACUGCACUCGUAGAGUCUUCUGAUGUCGAGACAGCUUUCAAGGAAUACGUACGUCCAGGAGUAGAACACAAUUUCUAUGGCCCUCUCAUAAGAGCCACUAACAUUGCUCUCGCGUGCCUUGAAGAAAUAAAGGUUGACGGGAUGUGUGUUCCUGUUCCUGCCGUGGACAUGAUCUGUCACCUUACUUUGUGGAAGGAAGGAGUCUAUCAUCGAGAUGUCAGCCCUGGAAACCUGAUGUGGUACUGGAAAGACGGGAAGCGAAUAGAUUACCCAGGCCCUCGAGGCAACGAACGCACAGGAAUGGUGCUGUUCAUGGCACUUGAUCUUCUCACCAUAGAGGGUCAACGAGGCGAAAUCAAACACCUAUAUCGUCAUGAUCUGGAGUCGUUUAUGCGGUGUUUCGUCUGGAUUUCCUUGCGUUACAGGGAGGGAGUCCUUUUAUCAUGCGGACUGCACUCUUUCGAUGAAUGGGCAACUUUAGGCGCUGUGGCAUAA